AUGAGUCAAGACGAGGCCAUGGCCAAUAUCAUCAAGGAGAAGUUGGAGCGGUCCAAGAAGCUUCGGGUUGGUGCCGUGGCCAUGCGAGACGCGAGCGACAACGACAAUGUCCGAAACACCCUUGACGAACAGAUCCGUGAAGAAAGCAGCUAUGUGAAAUACGCCCAGGAAUUACAGGACAAGCUACUCGCCGCCCGACUCAGCAACGUGAGCUUGUCUGGCUCGACUGCGGCUGGCUCUACGCGAGGCGAGAGAGGAGGCGCACCACCGCCUCCCCCGAAAGACGCCGGCGGAAGAGGCUCCUAUGGAUCUAUGCAGUCCGGCCAAGGCGAUAUGAUGGGCCCUCGGAAUCCAUAUGCGUCUUCCGGUGCUAACACAUCUACACCCGCCCCGAGGCCCAACUUCACCAAAUUAGAUCUAAUAAAAUACGAUACGCCACACUGGGGCCCUCGAAUCCAACUCAUGCUUUCACAGAUAGGGUUCAAGCUGAAUGUUGAGGAACAAUAUCUGAAGGGCGUGGAAAAGAUGGUUCAGCUUUACAGCAUGGAAGGUGACCGCAAAAGUAAGGCAGAUGCUUCUGCUAAGCGUGUUGAGAGUAAACAGAAGAUCCACCUCUUGAAGCAGGCGUUUAAGCGGUACGAGGAUCGUUACAUAGGCGAUUUCGACUCGAACGACUCUCCUGAUGAUGACAGCAUCAACAUGCCCAAUUUACGCAAGCCUUUGACUGGACAGCUUUCCAUACGAGUACAGCAAAUCAGGAAUGUUGAUCAUGCUUCCACCGGCCGCUUUUCGCGAGGACCAGAGACUUUCGUUGCUGUCAAGGUCGAGGACAUCGUGGUAGCACGGACGAAGGUAUCUCGCAACGACCGGUGGGAGGCCGAAUACCACAAUAUCGACGUGGACAAGGCCAACGAGAUCGAGCUCACUGUUUACGAUAAGCCGGGCGAGCAUGCUCUGCCUAUCGCUAUGCUCUGGGUUCGGAUAUCGGAUAUUGUGGAGGAGGUGAGGCGAAAAAAGAUCGAGGCAGAAGUUAACAACUCUGGCUGGGUAUCUGCUGAUAGAAUGGGCGGAGCUAGUGCACCACCGGCUCAAUUUCCAAUGGGUUCCCAGCAGCAACAAUUUGGUCCUCCGUCCACUCCAGGCCAUGCCGGCCAGUCACAUCCUGGAUUUGGACCCCAAGCGGCGCCCCAGGUCGGCUCUCAACCCAUCGACGCGUGGUUCAACCUCGAACCUACCGGCUCGAUCCACAUCUCUCUCAACUUCAUCAAACAGAACAAGGACCGUAGGCCAGUGGAUCUCGGUCUUGGUCGAAAGGGAGCUAUCCGUCAGCAGAAAGAAAAGGUGCACGAGAUGUACGGACACAAAUUCGUUCAGCAGCAGUUCUACACCAUCAUGCGUUGUGCCCUGUGUGGCGAUUUCUUGAAGUACUCGGCUGGCAUGCAGUGCGAGGACUGCAAAUACACCUGCCAUACGAAGUGCUACCCCAGUGUAGUUACGAAAUGCAUUAGUAAGAGCAACGCCGAAACCGAUCCUGACGAAGAGAAGAUCAACCACCGCAUUCCACACAGGUUUUCGCCGUUUUCAAACCUUACUACUAAUUGGUGUUGCCAUUGCGGCUACAUCCUGCCCUUCGGCAAGAAAAAUUGCAGAAAAUGUUCCGAAUGUGGUCUUACCGCGCACUCCCAUUGUGUCCACCUCGUUCCGGACUUUUGUGGUAUGAGUAUGGCUGUAGCCAACCAGAUCCUGGAGGGCAUCCGGUCACAAAAGCAGCGGCAACAGAAGGCCACUUCCCUUAGCGAUAAAACCCUUCGGUCGGGCAAAAUGAGCCCAUCGGCCAUGUCUGGGCCUACGUCGCCUUUCGGCUCCCAAGGUGGCCCGUCUUACCAACCUAGUAUUGCUUCCCAGGAGGCGACGGACGCCGCAAAGGCCAUGUACGCGAGCCAAACUUCUCCCUCACGGCCUGUUCACCCCGACCGGACCUCGUCGAGUUCGAGCGCUGCUGCGGCCGCAGCUACUGCUGCUAUGGGUGGCAUCAUGGCUUCGCAGUCUGGGCGACUUCCCCCGGUGAUGGACUACUCUGGUCGAGACAGUGGUGGCUACGGUGGGCUAAUGGAUGCACAAGAUGAUCGGUAUGCUGCUGGUCAGGGAUACGGCGCUCCUUCGCAGCCAAAGUACAACCCGGCGGCAUAUGCGAAUGUUAACAGCUAUCCCGGCCAUCCACAGGCGCAACAGGCGCAGCAGCAGCAGCCCCGUCCGGUGCAGCAACAAUCGAUGUCUCCUCCACCACAGCCGCAGCCGUCAAUGUAUCCACAGAGCGUCCCGGUCCCCAAACCACUGCCAAUUCAGGAGACGCCUUCGCUGGCUUCCGGCUCCACCUUGCCACCCCCUUCGCGACGACCUCUGCCGCUUGCAACAGACCCGGGAACUGGCCAGCGAAUUGGGUUGGAUCAUUUCAACUUCCUCGCGGUGCUUGGCAAGGGCAACUUUGGUAAAGUCAUGCUGGCUGAAACGAAGAAAUCGAGACGGCUUUAUGCCAUCAAAGUGCUCAAAAAGGAGUUCAUUAUAGAGAAUGACGAAGUCGAGAGCAUACGGUCGGAGAAGAGGGUAUUCUUGGUUGCCAACCGAGAACGACAUCCUUUCCUGACCAAUCUCCAUGCCUGUUUCCAGACCGAGACCAGAGUCUACUUCGUCAUGGAAUACAUAAGUGGUGGUGAUCUGAUGCUUCACAUUCAGCGAGGCAUGUUUGGCACUAAGCGUGCGCAGUUUUAUGCUGCCGAGGUUUGCCUCGCCCUGAAGUACUUCCACGAGAACGGCGUCAUUUACCGUGAUCUCAAGCUUGACAACAUCCUGUUGACCCUGGAUGGUCACAUCAAGAUUGCAGAUUUUGGUUUGUGCAAAGAAGACAUGUGGUACGGCUCGACAACUAGUACUUUCUGUGGUACACCUGAGUUUAUGGCCCCGGAGAUUCUGCUAGACAAGAAGUAUGGAAGGGCAGUUGAUUGGUGGGCAUUCGGCGUUCUGAUCUACCAGAUGCUGCUUCAGCAAUCACCUUUCAGAGGAGAAGAUGAAGAUGAGAUCUACGACGCCAUCUUGGCCGAUGAGCCGCUCUACCCUAUUCACAUGCCUAGGGAUUCCGUUUCGAUCCUCCAAAAGCUGCUCACCAGGGAACCGGACCAGCGGCUUGGUAGCGGCCCUACUGAUGCUCAAGAGGUCAUGAGCCAGCCCUUCUUCAGGAACAUUGUUUGGGACGACAUUUACCACAAGAAAGUCGCACCACCUUUCAUGCCUACGAUCAAGAACGCGACUGAUACCAGCAACUUCGACUCUGAGUUUACUAGUGUCACGCCCGUGCUUACACCGGUGCAAUCAGUACUUUCACAAGCGCAUCAAGAGGAGUUUAGAGGAUUUUCGUACACUGCCGACUUCGAUUAG